AUGCAGAUCAGGCCCGAGGUGGACGUCGCUAGCGUGGUUUCACGUAUCGAGCAGACAUCCCACCAUCUCCGCCGCCUUUCGCUCAACCCAUACCUUCACCAAUCUCGCCUCCGCCGCACACGAUCCCUCCUACCCCCUCUCCUCACGUCACCCGGGCGCCCCUCUCGUGCUGAUCUUAUUCAACGUUCCAUCCUUCUCUCUCGCACCUCCUUUGUCUCCCGGAGCCUAGCGCGCAACUUAGCUGCUAUCCGGCUGUCUAGGUCCCUGGCCCAACGGCCCUCGGUCGAAGACCUGGUGGAGCGUUGUGUCCUGCCAGCCGAAUGUCUGCCGAGUCCCUCAGGAAACGGUGCGGCCGUCGCGCCGGCACUAGUUGCGCGUAAGCGGGCCGUUGAAAAGGAGCGUGUUAAGGACAAGCUCCGCGGAUGGGUUGGAUCCGUGUGGAAAGGUGAGGUGGGAAAGCGCCAGGAACGGGCUGGGCUCGGGAGGGUGCGCAGACUGACGCAAUUCUGGGAAAGGGUAGGUAAGGGGGAAAGGGUGUGA